AAAUUGACCUUCAUUCACUCAUUUUUUCAUCAUUAUACAUUGAGCUCAUAGCAUAGUUGGAUCUCCACGUUGGUCCCCAUUUUUCCCCACUCGGCCCCUGUCUUAGAAAAGUGCAAAUGUUCUUUUUUUCACUGCUUGUCAUUAUUUCUUCGGGGAUUGUACCUGCCCUCUCGGCACCACCCGCAUACACGUCUAAAGGCGCCGUAGAUUGUUCACCUCGAUUCAAUCAAUACGAAACAACCGACAUUGCAUCGGCGAGCUAUGAUAAGACCGGAGAUUUGCGCCAUUCAGUUUGUUCCCCGGAGCCUCAUGACAUAGAUCCCGAUUCCGGCCAUAGAAAAGGAGGCGACCAAGCGCAUAUAGGCUUCGACCGAUCGAUUGCUCGUACUGAGCCCAAAGAUUUGAGCGCUUUAGGCGCCGGCGACCAAGUAAUUACUAACUAUGAUGACAUUGCCAAACUCGAUCAUCACCCGAAGAAGUUAUCAUGGGAUUUGCUCAAGCAACUAACAAAAGAGACAAUCCCCCGUAUUGUAUUGGUCAAUUUCGUUGUGGCCCUGAUCGCAAAGUGGCACGAUCGCUAUUAAAAAAUUACUUGAUUCACCGUAAAAUUGGCCUGCAAGUCACCGAAGCGGAUUCAGAUUGAUAGGAGGUGUGGUUUUAGAUGCUUCAUAACACUUCUGAGUGUCAAAUAUAUGUGAUGUGGAACUUCUUCUGCAAACUUUCUCCGACUCGGCUUGUACUACUUCCUUUGUUCAUUCUUUAGUUUCAUUUAAGGAUAAGUAAUGCAUGUGCUCCUUCUUUCUCCGAGUCCUUACAUUUCAAUACUUUAA